ACAAAAAAAAAAAACAUUUGCUUUCCGUUUCGUUUACUUAUUGUCUGAAUCCUUUUUCAUGUAAGAUUAUUUUUUGUUGGUUUGAAAAAAAAGUUGGUGUAACGUUUAUGUGUGUGUCUGUCCAAUAAGAUCUGAAAAUCAAACGCUGGUAACAUUGUGGAGAGAAAUUAAAGCCUAUUGAAUAUUCACAGAUUAGCUCCAAAGAAUCUCAGGACAAAUGGACUAAAUCCGCAGCAGAUGUCAUACUCCUAUAAAGCGUCUCAGUGGAUUUGAGGAUUUCUGUAUUAUCCAUUCAUGUUUUAGUUUGAAGUUAUGCUCACAUGGGUGACAUUCAAGAAACAUUGUCGGUUUCAUCAUCUUCGUCUUCUUCAACAUGUUCAUUGUCAUUAACAAAUGCACAACCUAAAGCAGAUACAUUGCCAAUAGACCGGGAGUUUUGGAUGUUUGCAGAAGAGAGAGCUCACGAGAUACUAAGCACUAUACAACCUGCCAUUGUUUCAGAUAGAAGUAGGAAUGAGAUCAUUGGUUACGUACAAACUCUAAUCAAGAGUCAUGAUGGAAUUGAGGUGUUUUCAUUUGGUUCAGUGCCACUAAAGACCUAUCUCCCAGAUGGAGAUAUUGAUCUGACGGUCCUAACUAAGCGAAACAUGGAGGAUGAAUUCUUUGAAAAAUUGUAUGAUACGCUUAAAAGUGAAGAAGGGAAAUCUGAAUUCCAUAUAACCGAUGUUCAGUUUAUCCCUGCACAGGUCAAAGUCAUAAAAUGCAACAUCAGGAGCAUUGCUGUGGAUAUCUCCUUUAAUCAAACCGCUGGGCUUCGCGCUUUAUGUUUUCUUGAACAGGUUGACCAACUCUUUGGGAGAGAUCAUCUUUUCAAGCGUAGCAUCAUCUUAAUUAAAGCUUGGUGCUAUUACGAGAGUCGAAUUCUUGGUGCUAACACUGGGUUGAUCUCGACAUAUGCACUGGCAGUACUAGUCUUGUAUAUCAUCAACCUAUUUCAUUCAUCAUUAUCCGGCCCUUUAGCGGUUCUGUACAAGUUCUUGGAUUACUAUAGUUCAUUUGAUUGGAGCAACUACUGCAUCAGUGUCGGUGGUCCUGUGCCUAUAUCUUGCCUUCCAGAACUUGUGGCAGCUUCUCCAGAAAAUGGGCAUGAGUUAUUACUUGAUGAGAAGUUUUUAAGAGACUGUGUAGAGUUAUACUCUGCUCCAACUAAGACUGUUGAAACAAAUGGUCUUGAUUUUCCUAUCAGACAUCUCAACAUAGUUGAUCCUCUUAAACACAGCAACAACCUCGGAAAAAGUGUUACAAAAGGAAAUUUCAAACGAAUAAUGCAUGCUUUUACACUGGGAGCUAGAAAGCUCAGAGAUGUUCUUUCACUACCUGGUGAAACCAUGGGAUGGAGACUGGAGAAGUUCUUUGGCAAUUCUUUGGACAGGAAUGGUAAGGGACAAAGACAAGAUGUGAAUGAUCCUGUUACUGCGUUUGGUACUGGAAGGUCAGAACUAUCUGAACUGAGUGGAGAUUUUGAAGGUUACUUUGGAAGACUUGUGUAUGGUCAAAUGUAUCAUAGUCAUAGGGAGGCAAGUGGUUGGGAUGUUGUCCGUCACCUUGUGAGUUACCGAAAGAAGGAGUUUUAUCUUAGAAGUCUGAAUGGUUCUACGUCAGUUCAGCCUUUGCCACUGCAUUCUUUAACUAAUGGCUCUCAAAACAUGGGGAAAACGAGAGGAACAGGAACUUAUAUUCCUGACAUGAGUCAGCAGUUAUACAACGGAAACUCACCAACUCAUCAUUUAGAAUCUUCAGCCGAGGCAGCAGAUGACAAUGGAGCCAGUAGCUGCUGCAAUUUUUCUAAUCAAGUGUCUACUUCUUGUGCCAGUAUCAAAGGAGAAGAAAGUGUGAAACCAGAGACUUGUACAGAUCAAAAUGUUUUGAAAUCUCUAGGAUCAAGGGAUUUAGAGGCUGAUGACAAUUGCCAGUCUUCACCACGAGAAAACGGCAAAGAAGUAGUAGAUUCUAUAUCUUCAAGCAGCAAGCUGGACAUGGAAAAUGGCAAAGAAGAGGAGAGCAAAUCAUCUCAAACGUUGAACGGUUCUUGACUUUUAAUGAUUGUUACAGAAUCUUUGGUUGGUCUCUUGAGUGUACCUCCAGGAUAUAACUAGUUUGUCUCUUUAAACCACAUGCACAAACUACAUUUAGGAUUCAAAAGAGUCAUCAAGAACUUGAUUACUUUUUGUGGACCAA